AUGCCUUUGUCCAUGUGCCUGUGCCAGUUCAUGGAUGACCUCAAGCAGGGUUCUGCCAUCAUUGCCGUCAUGGACUGCACCAAACUUGGACGUGUGUCUGCCAAAGACUUGGACUUCUACAUGGAGCUGCUGCAGCGAACUUUGUUGCGCAGGCCUCAACAAAGCGUUGCACUUGUCACUGCGCCGAUCUAUGCCUCCGAAAAGAUUGGGAAUGCCAUUCGCUCGGAGGUACGAAGGUUCGAAGAUAAAAUGGAUUUCAAAGGAUUGGCCAACCAUGCAGUUGUGAUUCGGAUGGAUUCGCCGCCAUCUUCGAAGCGUGUUCCGCUGGUGUUUCACGCUUGGAUCGUGAUGGAGCAAGCGUCUGAAGAUCAAAACAUUUUCAGAGCGUGUCAGCUUCUUCUGGACAGGGCACCACGCAGCUUGAUUCCGUUCCUCCCAGAGUCCAAGUAUGUGGUCCCUGCAGAUUCACAAAGCCUUCCGCACACCUCUGAAGGAGCCAGGUCGCUGAGUGAGCACCAGGAAUCUGCCCAGUACCUUGCAGGGGAAGAUUUUCCUCAAGCUAUCCUGCAGGGUCUUUUGUGCAAAGCAGCUUUGCCGGCCAAGUCCAUUGGACUAGUCAACCUGACACCCUAUGAUCUUCAUUGGGAACGCAUGUUGCCAAAGAUCAUGCCUGGAUACAGCCUUCGGUCCACCAGCCUCAGCAAGAAUGCAUCGGUUGUGGAGUGGUGCCAAAGGACGAUGGCCAUGGAGCUGAUGGAGGUCAGGGCAUACGAAGCCCAGCCGGCUGAGAUCCCAGACCAGUUCAGCUUGGCCGACUUCACCUUCAAGUUGGUGACUGUGGAAAUGGUCAACCAAAAGGCCAAGGAUUUCAGUGCCAAGUACAAGUUUGACAAGAACGUCAUCAAGCAGACCAUCGCAAUGCAGCCCUCACCGCAACCAGUGGCAACCCCAGAGCUUGUCCCAUGGACUGGGGAGCCCCAGACGGAAAAUGCACUCCCUGAUCAGCAGUGGAAGCUGUUCCUGGUUGCGCACGUCGGAGUCUCCCUCGGCAUUCAGGAGUUUGUCCUGGCUCACGGAACUUCCAGGUUCCUACGGCCUGAAAAGGAAAAAGUCCUGGAGUGUCAGGUGUUCAGGCUGAUUAGGGAUUUCGAUGCCCUGGCUGCUGAAGACUCCAGUAUGAUUACAACACCGCGCUGCAAGCAAGUUGUGCCAAAGGUAAAGGGAGCUACAACGAUUCCUAUGACGACUGCUGCGUCAACCCCUGAAUCCAAUCCCUCAGUGUCACCAUAUGAAGUCAACAAGUUGGCUGCCAUGGUGCAGGAUUCCAAGGUCAAAGAGGCAGGUUCAAAAGAUGCUGAAAAGGAAGCUCAGGCUGACGAGCUUGUUGGCGAGCCAUGGGGCAGUGAGGACUCAGCUGACGACAAAUCAGAGACUGGCAAUGACAACGCAGAUAAGAAGAAAGUUGCAAAGAGCGCCAACUUGAAGAAAGAGAAGGCUGAGGAGAUGAAUCAAGAUGAAGAUGAGGAGUCUGCAAGCCUAGAAGAAGUAGCUGAGGAUGAGACAACCAUGGGUUCAAAGAUGGUCACAAAGGAGGGAUCCGAAGAUGAGGAAACAGAUGAAGAGGAUGGCAAGAAGGAGGGUCCAAAGAAGGUCACAAAGGAGGGAUCAGAAGAUGAUGAAACAGAUGAAGAGGAUGGCAAGAAGGAGGGCCCAAAGAAGGUCACAAAGGAGGGAUCCGAAGAUGAUGAAACAGAUGAAGAGGCUAGCGGGAAGGAGGAGGAAGAAAGAGAGCAAGAGGAGACAGACAAAGAUGAAGAAAAACCAAAAAAGAGUUCAGAAGAAGCCUGUGCUCCAAAGGGAAAGGAAAAGACCAAUGCCAAGGAGGACAAGAAGCAGGAGGCAGUGAAGACAGCAGAGAAGAGCAGAAGCGAGCCUGAAAAAAACAAGACACGUAAGGAGAAGACCAAAGAUGAUGGAAAGGUUUCGAGAGUCACACAGGCCAUGGCCAUGGCUCCAAAAACUGAAAAGAAGACCAAGGAUGCUGGCGCCAAGAAACCGAAAGAUGAGACAGCAAAAGGAAGGGUGGCCAUAGCAAUGGCUGCUACACCAAAAGAGCCAGCGAAAACAUCGAAAGGAAGCAAUGGCAAGAAGGCAAAGGUGAGUGCCAAGGUUGCAGAGAAAGAUGACUAUCUGGAAAGUGAGGAGGAAGAUAGUCCCACUGAAGUGUCUGAAAGUGAGGUGGAAGAAAAGCCACCUACAAAGCCCAGAAAGUCGGCGCUUAAGAACACCCAGAAGCAAGAUGACAGGAAAGUUCAAAAGAUCAGCAAGGAUGAUGCGAGGGUUUCUUUCAACCCCAUGGACAAGGACAUGGAUGACAAGAAAAGCGAGAAGGCAACCAAGAAGAGAUCUGAAGCGUCCAAGCCAUUGGAAGAUGAACAGAAGAUCUUAAAGUCGGAGGCUGACAAGAAGGAGAUGAAGAAAGAUGAAGAUGAGUUGCCGGCAAACACAGAGUCAGAGAAGGCUCCAAAGAAGAUCAAGAAGAAGGACAUCGAAGACAAGACAGAUGCAGAGGCUCCAAAGGAGAUCAAGAAGAAGGACAUCGAAGGCAAGACAGAUGCAGAGGCUCCAAAGAAGAUCAAGAAGAAGGACAUCGAAGACAAGAGAGAUGCAAAGGCUCCAAAGAAGAUCAAGAAGAAGGACAUCGAAGACGAUACAGAUGCAGAGGCUCCAAAGAAGAGCAAGAAGAAGGACAUCGAAGACAAGACAGAUGCAGAGGCUCCAAAGAAGAGCAAGAAGAAGGACAUCGAAGACAAGACAGAUGCAGAGGCUCCAAAGAAGAGCAAGAAGAAGGACAUCGAAGACAAGACAGAUGCAGAGGCUCCAAAGAAAAAGGCAAAGAUCGAGAAGGUGGACACCAAGAAGUUGCCGAGAGGAAAGAGCUUCGUCAAGACCAUGGACAGUGAAGCUGAAUCUGACAAUGAGGCGGUGAAGAGCGAUUGCCCUUUCGAUUCAGAUGAGGAUCCAGACUAUGAUAUCUAUGUGGCAAAGACAGCCAGAACGAGCACCAAGACCAAGGAGAAAGAAGGAAAGACUGUGACUAGAAAAGCUGAAGGGAUGAAGACCAAAGAUCUUGAGAGAGCCGAAGCAAAGAAGGCGAAGAAGGGAGAUGAUGAGGAGAGAGGAGAAUUGGCAUCAAGCAGCAGUAAGAGGAAGGUGCCAGCAGAUGAGGGAAGGUCAAAGUUCUCCAAAGCAGAACAGGCAUUGGGGAAGCAUGAGUUGCUUGGGGGCAAGGCAGGUCAAACAAAGAGGAAGCCAAGUGACAAGCCGAAAGAUGAGAAGUUGAAGACAAAGAAGGCGAAGGUGAACGCAAGCGAGAAGGAUGAGAAGGCAGAAGCAGAUUCAGAGGAAGAAGGAAGUGAGGCAGAGACAGUGAUUCUGGGAGACAAGCCCAAGAAGGCACAACUGGGAAAACAGCUGAAACUGCUGACCACUCUGUUCAUUGAAACUUACCUUCCGCAAAAAGAAUUAUAG